GUAAUUAGGAGGGUAAAGAGUAGAGAGUGUGCAAAAUUGCAGCAAUCAACAAGUUGGGAAUCGUCGCAGACGAAAGACACCGAAUCGUUGCGAGUGGCGAGGUGUUCAACUCAGCCGCUCUCAUCAACAUCUAAAGCCGAAGCCAAAGCCGAAAUGUCAAGUUUUCACGUUGGUGGGAAGGUGGUGGACAGAGUUGAUUUGCUGAGGAAGAAGCAAUUGCCGUGGCGCGUGGACGUUUGGCCUUUCGCUAUUAUAUACGGCGCGUGGGUAUCGGUGAUUCUUCCCAGCUUGGACUUCGUUGAUGCUGCAAUUGUUUUGGGUGCGCUCGUUGCUCUUCACAUCCUCGUUUGGCUCUUCACGGGUUGGUCCAUUGAUUUCAAGUGUUUUGCACAUUAUAGCAAGGCUAAGAAUAUUCAGCAAGCCGAUUCUUGCAAGAUAACUCCGGCUAAGUUUUCAGGUUCUAAAGAAGUCGUGCCGCUUCGUUUUCGGAAAAUAUCUGCAAGUUCUUCAUCAGCGGCGGAUUUGGAAGAGAUUUACUUUGAUUUUAGAAAACAAUGUUUUGUCUAUUCAAAGGAGAAGGGGACUUUUUGCAAACUUUCAUACCCUACAAAGGAAACAUUUGGAUAUUAUCUCAAGAGUAGUGGACAUGGCUCUGAAGCCAAAGUUUUUGCUGCUACUGAGAAAUGGGGGCGGAAUGUAUUUGAUUAUCCUCAGCCAACAUUUCAGAAAUUGAUGAAAGAGCACUGUAUGGAGCCAUUUUUUGUAUUUCAGGUUUUCUGUGUGGGUCUCUGGUGUUUGGAUGAAUACUGGUAUUAUAGCUUGUUCACUCUAUUUAUGCUGUUCAUGUUUGAGUCAACCAUGGCAAAAAGUCGGUUGAAGACUCUAACUGAGUUAAGACGUGUUAGAGUGGAUAGCCAGAUCCUAAUGGUACAUCGCUGUGGCAAGUGGGUAAAACUCUCUGGUACAGACCUUUUGCCUGGGGAUGUUGUCUCUAUUGGUCGCUCUUCUGGUCAGAAUGGAGAGGAGAAGUCUGUACCUGCAGACAUGCUUAUAUUGGCUGGAAGUGUGAUUGUGAAUGAAGCUAUUCUCACAGGCGAGUCUACUCCUCAAUGGAAGGUUUCAAUUGCGGGUAGGGGGGUUGAGGAGAAGUUGUCUGCCAGGCGAGACAAAAGCCAUGUUUUAUUUGGUGGAACUAAAAUAUUGCAGCACACUCCAGACAAGACCUUUCCUCUGAAAACACCUGAUGGUGGCUGCUUGGCUGUUGUCCUGAGAACGGGGUUUGAGACAAGUCAAGGGAAGUUGAUGCGGACAAUCUUAUUCUCUACAGAAAGGGUGACUGCUAAUAGCUGGGAAAGUGGAUUGUUCAUUUUAUUCUUGGUUGUAUUUGCUCUGAUUGCUGCUGGUUAUGUGCUCAUUAAGGGGCUAGAAGAUCCCUUGAGGAGCAAGUAUAAACUUAUACUAAGUUGUUCACUUAUUGUUACCUCUGUGAUACCUCCCGAGUUACCAAUGGAAUUAUCGAUAGCUGUUAAUACUUCUCUGAUUGCACUGGCACGACGUGGAAUUUUUUGCACAGAACCUUUUCGAAUACCAUUUGCUGGGAAGGUUGAUAUAUGUUGUUUUGACAAGACUGGGACACUUACAUCUGAUGACAUGGAGUUUUCUGGAGUUGUUGGGUUGACAGGAACUACAGAUUUAGAAUCUGAUAUGAGCAAAGUGCCUGUGCGAACAGUAGAAAUCCUGGCUUCUUGCCAUGCAUUGGUAUUUGUUGAGAAUAAGCUGGUUGGUGAUCCUCUUGAGAAGGCUGCACUUAAGGGAAUAGAUUGGAGUUAUAAAUCUGAUGAGAAGGCUGUUCCAAAAAAGGGAAAUGGCAAUCCCGUCCAAAUUGUUCAGCGGUACCAUUUUGCAUCUCACUUAAAACGAAUGGCAGUUGUUGUGCGCAUUCAGGAGGAAUUUUUUGCCUUUGUGAAGGGUGCCCCAGAAAUUAUUCAAGAGAGGCUCAUUGAUAUACCCCCAUCAUAUGUUGAAAACUACAAAAAAUAUACACGUCAGGGGUCUCGUGUUCUUGCUCUGGCUUACAAGUCUCUUUCUGACAUGACAGUCAGUGAAGCUAGAAGCUUGGAUAGGGAUAUGGUGGAGAAUGGGCUUACUUUUGCUGGUUUUGUGGUAUUUAAUUGUCCCAUAAGAACAGAUUCAGCCACUGUCUUAUCUGAAUUGAAAGGAUCUUCACAUGACUUGGUGAUGAUUACUGGUGACCAAGCUUUGACAGCUUGUCAUGUUGCUAGCCAAGUUCAUAUUAUAUCAAAACCUGCAUUAAUCCUUGGCCCAGCAAGUAACGGUGAAGGAUAUAAUUGGAUGUCCCCUGAUGAGACUGAAAAUAUUCGCUACAGUGAUAAAGAGGUUGAAUCUUUAUCAGAGACUCAUGAUCUUUGUGUUGGAGGUGAUUGCAUUGAGAUGUUGCAACAGACAUCAGCUCAUCUUCUGGUCAUUCCUCGUGUGAAGGUUUUUGCUCGAGUUGCCCCUGAGCAAAAAGAAUUUAUCAUGACCACUUUCAAAACAGUGGGACGGUUGACUUUGAUGUGUGGGGAUGGAACCAAUGAUGUUGGAGCUUUGAAGCAGGCCCAUGUAGGAGUUGCUCUUCUUAAUGCAUUGCCUCCAACUCAAAGUGGAAACUCCUCUUCAGAUUCGCCUGGGGAAGGUUCAAAAUCUGUCAAGCCAAAGAAAUCUAAGCCUGCCCUGGAAGCAUCUGGAAAGACUGUUAGCCCAAUUGGAGAAGGCUCUUCAAAAGCGAAAGUUGCUUCAAAAUCAGAUUCCACCAGCCACUCACCUGCUAACCGUCAUCAGGCAGCUGUCGAUAUGCAACGACAGAAGCUUAAGAAGAUGAUGGAUGAGCUUAAUGAGGAAGGAGAUGGCCGUGCACCCGUUGUCAAGCUUGGUGAUGCCUCAAUGGCAUCCCCAUUCACUGCAAAGCAUGCGUCUGUUGCUCCCACCACUGACAUAAUUCGUCAAGGCCGGAGUACCCUAGUGACAACCCUCCAGAUGUUUAAAAUUCUGGGCCUCAACUGCCUUGCUACUGCAUAUGUGUUGAGUGUUAUGUAUCUGGAUGGUGUCAAGCUAGGUGAUGUACAAGCCACAAUAAGUGGUGUCUUCACUGCUGCAUUUUUCCUCUUUAUCUCACAUGCACGCCCUCUUCCCGGUCUUUCAUCUGAACGUCCCCACCCCAACAUCUUCUGUGCUUACGUCUUCCUUUCCCUCUUGGGACAAUUUUCUGUUCACCUGUUUUUUCUGAUUUCAUCUGUGAGAGAAGCUGAGAAAUACAUGCCAGAUGAAUGCAUUGAACCAGAUGCAGAUUUUCAUCCCAACCUGGUGAAUACUGUUUCCUACAUGGUGAGCAUGAUGCUUCAGGUGGCCACAUUCGCCGUGAACUAUAUGGGCCAUCCCUUCAACCAGAGUAUUCCUGAAAACAAGCCAUUCCUGUACGCUCUUGUUGCUGCUGUUGGUUUCUUUACUGUGAUUACAUCUGAUCUCUUCAGGGGCUUAAAUGAUUGGUUGAAGUUGGUGCCACUGCCAACGGGAUUAAGGGAUAAAUUAUUGAUUUGGGCAUUUCUGAUGUUUUUGGUAUGCUAUUCAUGGGAGAGACUAUUGAGGUGGGCCUUCCCGGGCAAGAUCCCAGCUUGGAAGAAGCGACAACGGCAUGCUGUAUCUAACUUAGAAAAGAAGAAACAGGUCUAAGUAGUUGAAGACGAGAUGUGAUGAAGAAAAGUACUGUCGAUGGGCAAUGCAGUGAUGACUAUGCCAGAGAUGGACAUGUGACUUUCAAUUUGUGAACCAAUUAACUGAGACAUAUGGCAUGAAGAAUUUUGUUAUAGGCUAUUGUCUUUCUAGUUCUUUUCCCAUUGUUGGAUGGGGAAUUUAUCCGAUGUCAAAUUAUUAUUGGGGGAAGGUAUGAAUUUUAGCACACGUGCCCUCCCAAUUAUCUGAGAUGUUUUUCUUAGAACAGGAGUUUUUAAUUAUUUAGAUGUUUACGAUUCAUUCUACUCAACAUCUUAGCUUAUAAACUAAGUAAAAUGAAAAAUUUCUUUAGCUACUUGGGUUAUCUGAGUACGCAUUUGUUACAUUAUUCUACAUGUAAGCAGCAGGACCUACCCAACAUCUGAACUCUUAAACUGCAAGUUAGAUACUUUCUAUACCUGCUUGUUGGGUGAUCAGAGCAAAAGUUUACUACACUAGGAACGUUACAUGAAAGCAACCGAAUGCACUUCCUCUAAAAUCUGUAAGUGUAAUGUGAUUAGAACUUCAUAAACAUUGAA